GGCGCGUGACAGCACCAGUGAUCCCUAGUAAACAGUGAAGUGGCAACUGGUGCAGCGCUGGACUCCGCCAUCCAUUUGAGACCCUUUUUAAUCCAAAGUGUGGCAGUUGAAAAAAAGCGUCAGUCAUGGAAACGAGACAGCAAGAGUUGUACUCUGGUGUUUUGAGUGAUGCCGUGCUGGACUGGGGCAGCGAGAGCCCUGGAGAAGAAUGGGUUAACACAAACAGGGAAGGGGCAGAGCAUGGCCCCAGGGACGAGGACCUGGCUCACCUGUCAGAGGACAGUCAUGUUGUGGGCAGGUCGUUAGGGGACUCCCAGGCCUUGGGCUCCCAGAACGGGGAGGCCGGCCUGGGGGACGGUGCGGCGUGGCAUGGGGGGAGCUGGGGAGCACCAACCACCGCGGGGGCACGGGAGGAGUGGGGCCGGCCCUCCCUUCGUCUCUCUGAAGACUGGCCGAUGACCGGUCCCUGGAACACCAACGCCCCAGACAGAGGAAACUUCAGAACAGGUCUUCUAGACUCUGAGCCGUUGCGAGAGGCAGAUGAGGAUCUGGCCUCCGAGGGUAACUACCCCAUCUUGACAGAGGAAGAGAGGGAAGAGAUUCACCAAGAACUGGACAAGCUGGAAGAGGAGAUCAGCACUCUGAGGCAAGUGCUGACAUCUAAAGAGAAGCAACAAGCCGACCUCAGACAGAAACUGGGCAUCAGUCCGCUCAGCGAUUUCAAAAACAACGUCUCCAAGGGCUGGCACGACAUGCAGACCUCUGUUGCCUAUAAGAAGACGACGGAGACGUUUUCCACAGCAGGCCAGAAGACCUCUGCAGCCUUUAGCACCCUGGGCACCGCCAUCACCAGGAAGCUAGGAGACAUGAGAUCCAACUCCAUAGGCUACUCAAUCCGACACUCCAUGAGCAUGCCCACCAUGAGAAACUCACCCAGCUUCAAGUCUUUUGAGGAAAAAGUUGAAAGUACAGUGACAACUAUUAAGACCAAGGUGGGGGGGCCCGAGCCCGGGGGGAGCUUCGAGGAGGUACUCUCCUCCGCAGCGCAGGCCAGCUCACAGGACCGGCCCAGCACCCUGACAGACUCCUCGGAGAGGCCCUGUUAGGGCCCCGUCCAACGCAGAAGGAGGAACCCAACCAGGGAGAUUGACUUAAAUGAUCUCCAUACUUUACACUGUGGCUGCAGUCAGCACCUGGUUCCAGGUACAAAGAAACGACAUCGACGUGAAUCCAUUACUGCAUUGUGAUGCCCCACUAAAUCAUAUAUCCUAGACGAGAUAGUUACCGCCUCAAGCACAUCCCAAAGAUUAGUUUCCGACUCUCCUUAAUCCAUGCUAAUGGGAAGAGCUAAGCAAACGCACUCUACACUCUAUUGUCUAUCAUUGACAUGUUGUCACAUAGAUUUGACCGCACAUACAGUACAGUACAUGAAGUGCAGGAUGAAAUCUUAAUGCAUAUCGAUGCACACACUCUAGAAUUAAUUUGACACCAAAACCAGGUGGAGGGGGUGUGCAUUAUAUCAUUUGUUUAAUGAUUUUCAAGUGACCAAUGUUUGGAUUUUAUGGAAAAGAGGAGAGAAUGUUUCUGCGUUGUUGUUGACUUGUCAUUACUUGAAUGCUGGAUAUUAUUGCACUGAUACAUGUUUUCAUCCAGAUCUACUAAUUUAAUUCAUAUAUUAUCAUAUAUUACUAGAACUAACACUUCAAAUCAGAUAUGGGUGACUCAAACUCAACCGAAUACUCGGAAAACUGUUCAUUCCAACUUUAAUUGUGAUUGCCCUGGUCUCUCUCACAAAUCUACCCAGCUACUGCACCCUGAUUAGUUAUGCUCCUUUCAAUAGUUCUGGUUGUUUCCUUAACCAGUGACAAUCCCUUAAACACAACCCUUUAGAGUCCAUCUUGAGAAGACAAUGCAACUUAAUGUGAAAAAAAGUGGUAAUUGUUGUCUCCACAAGUUUCUGAAGAACCUAAACAUGAACUACAUUUAGUUAUAUAAUUAUUGACCUCUUUGGUUUUUUCCAUUUUUUCUUAUCACUUUAAUUUGUGUUCAAUUUCACCAAUGACCAUAAUUUGUGUUGAGUGAAUGAUAAACAUUUAAAAAGUUUGCCAUGUUGGAAAUGAUGGCAUGAAAGAGGCUUUUGUGAACGUCAUGAUUGCAUUAUCUUAUGUUGAGUGAGCCUUGAAAAAAAAAAAACGUAAACUUUUACCAAAGCUUUUUACUAAAACCUUGCAAUGUUGGCAUAUCCAAAUACAUGGCAUUGAAACGAAAUGUUACUGUUUCCGGUUUUUAUUGUUACUCUAUUAUUUCAACUAUACUAUAUUUUAAAUAAACUGCAUUUAUGAGUAAACCAUAAUGUUUGUUUUAUUUAUUUUUUACGGAAAAUUUGUCCGGAAAUGUGUGAAUGUAUAUCAAAAUGCAUAUUGAAUGUACUACAAAAUAUAUUUGAAAUACUCUUACCAAAGGUUACAUCAAACAGCAGUUUUGAAAUGUCUGUCAGAUUUUAUGUAAUAGAGCCACAUAUAGCAAUUUGUAACAGAAAUGGCCAUGCUGACCAAUGAUUUCGUUUUUUCCCUAAAUUUUCUUAUAGUAUAGAAUCCAGAAUCCCGAAGCCCCUCUAAAGCGUCACAGGACCACGGGUCAUAUGACCAUAUAGUGGAACACUGGGUGGCUAAUGCUCACAUAAUGAAGUUAAACAUGUGACCCGACACAAAUAGUUUAAACAGGAGGUCAGGGUAAAGGAAAAAAAUAAAAUAAAAA